AUGUCUCAAGAGGAGUUCGAUGACUUGGGCUAUCCUUCCAUUCCCUCACAUUGGACAAAGGAAUGGAUGCUGCAACAACUGGAGCUGGAGAAGGUGGACCCCCGAGUGAAUCCCAAUUUGCUUCUGGAAGAGACCUCUCAGGAGUUCUGGGACAACAUGUCCAGGAAACCCUAUGCCAAGGCCAUCCUCAAGAACGAAAGACACUGGACCAACAGAAGAAAUGUUUGGCUACGACAGUUGGAACAAGUGGAGCUGGCCAACGCUCUGAGGGCCCAGCUGACGGAGGAGUUGGAGCAGUGCGCUCCGCAGAUCAAGCGCUUGGUUGCGCCCAUCAUGAAGUACAAGAUCACGGAGAUUGCUUUGAGCACCUCCUUGCGCCUGGCCCAGCAGCAGCGGACGUCCUUGAACCAACUACUGGAGGGUCGGCCGGACGAGGUAGAGAAGCUGAGAUCCUUGCGAACGCGCUUGGACGAGGGCGGACGCGACGAGGCCGCGCGCUUGCUGGACGAGUUCACGGCUCGCGCCAAGGAUCGUCUCCUCGUAGCCCGGAAGGGAGAGGGCGGCAAGGGGCUUUGGACGCCAACGCGCGGCGAUUACAAACAGGCCGAGCGAAGCGAGCCCAUGGUGCUGGACACCGACACCAUGGCCAAGCUCAUGACCCGUGCGCAAAAGCUGCGGAAGGACCCGUGCCGCAUCGCGGAAGGAGUUCUGUGGCGGAAGCUUUUGAAAGCUGGUGCGAGAGUGAAGCCUGCCUCUACCAGAAGAAACAAGAUGGUGAAGGAGCUUCAUGUGAUCCUAUUGAAGAACGUCGCCCAGGCAGCGAUCAAGCUGGGACACUGGACUGACGCACUGCGAGCAGCCGAUGAUUGCUUAGCCAUCGACGACCAGGAAAUAUGGGACCACAAAGCCUGGUUCCGGCGAGCUUGUGCCUUGGAGGGCCUAGGGCGCUAUGCGGAGGAAGAGGAGGCCCUGGCUCAGGUGGAGUCCAUUGCCGUGGGACGACGGCAUGUGGCGAUGUUGGAGUCCCAACACCAAGAGACGGAGGGCUGGCAGAUGCGCAAAGCCUUGCAGCAGGGGGUCUUCGCACAUGAGGAGCUGGAAGAUACGGAGGAAAGGCUGGAGGACUUGGAGCAGGAGCUGAAAGAGCUGGAGGCAGAGGAGGCUGCUUUGGAGGAGGCCACUGCAGAGGAGUGUCCCUUCAGCGUGGGGGAUUGCGUGGUCUUGCGCGCGGCCUUCGCGGAGUGGCCUGCGGGGCAUCGGGGCACUGUGGCCGCGGUGGACGGUGACGGCGACAUGAAGGUGCUCUUCGAUGGAGAGACUGAGGCUCAGUUGAUCCUUAGCAUCGACUUCGACCUCUUCACUUCCGUCGGCUCAGAGUCCGCGGAGCGCGUCGAGCCGGAGCCGCCGGCGCUGGAGAAGGUCCUCACAGUGGAGGGCGCGCAGGACUUGUUGGAGGCCUUGGCUUCUUCCUAUGAAGACUCAGGCUUCCAACAGCAGGUGGCCAAGCUCUGCCGAGACACACGCUGGCGGAAGGAAGACUUCAUGCGGCACCUUCCCAAGGUGGCCCUCGAGAGGCAGAAGUCCAUCCUUCCCUCCUUUGGCUUCGAAGCCUCCGUUCAGGGCGCCCAAGAGGCAGAGAAGGCCAUCGCUCAGGCCAAGGAGCGCGCAAAAGAGGCCAAAAGGGCAGAGCUGCAACAGCGAGCGGACGCUGUGACCAGGUCAUUGUUUGGCGAGAUGUAUGAGAUCAUCUUCGUCCAGCCUGCGCGAUAA